UGGGAUUAAAGCAACAGCCGGUAAGAAAUCAACACCAAAUAUAUUAUUGAUGAGUCCAUUUCAUUGUCUGUUGCUCCGAUUUGGUAGAAACAGAGUGAACUCAUUUCAUCUGAGUCAUAGUUUAGCCACUGCUACUAAUAUUCUCGACAGCAAUGACAAGAUAAUAGCGACCCGAAUAUCAAAUUGCAACAAUCUACACCAUCUUGACCAAAUUUACGCCCAGAUAAUCCGAAAUCACUUCUUGGAGUUGUACCCUGUACAAUUCCACUGGAACAACAUUAUUAGAUCAUAUACUAGGCUUAACUCCCCUAGCAACGCUCUACAUGUAUACAUCACUAUGUCAAGAACUGGUGUUCGCCCAGAUACUUUCACGUUACCCAUUGUUUUAAAGGCGAUUUGUCAGGUUCUAAAUUAUGUUGUGGCAAGGCAGCUCCAUGGGAUUGCAAUAAAGCUCGGAUUAGAAACUAAUAUGUAUUGUGAGAGUGGGUUUAUUAGCUUGUACGCUAAAGCUGGUGAAUUUGAGAAUGCACGGAAGGUGUUUGAACAAAAUAGUGAAAGAAAGUUGGGGUCUUGGAAUGCUAUUAUAGCGGGGUUGUCACAAGGUGGGCGUGCUAAAGAAGCCAUAGAAAUGUUCUUGGAGUUGAGAGAGAGUGGGUUGCAGCCAGAUGAUGUGACUAUGGUUAGUGUGACAUCUGCUUGUGGUAGUCUUGGAGACUUGGAUUUGGCUUCUCAAUUGCAUAAAUGUGUCUUUCAAGCGAAAGAAAUGGAAAGGUCUGAUCUUUUGAUGAUGAAUUCUCUUAUUGAUAUGUACGGUAAAUGUGGGAAGAUGGAUCUUGCUUAUAGGGUGUUUUCAAGGAUGACGGAAAGAAAUGUAUCCUCGUGGACUUCUAUGAUUGUUGGAUAUGCAAUGCAUGGGUAUGUUAGAGAUGCGGUUGAAUGCUUCCAUUGCAUGAGAGAGGCAGGUGUUAGGCCUAACCAUGUGACAUUUAUUGGGGUGUUGAGCGCUUGUGUACAUGGUGGGCUGGUGAAAGAAGGAAAGUAUUAUUUCAACAUGAUGAAGAAUGAAUAUGGUAUUGCACCCAUGUUGCAGCAUUACGGGUGCAUGGUGGAUUUGCUUGGCAGGGCUGGGUUGUUCGAGGAGGCAAGGGGGACGAUUGAAGGGAUGUCGAUGAAACCAAAUGUUGUGAUCUGGGGGUGCCUAAUGGGGGCUUGUGAGAAGCAUGGGCAUGUGAAAAUGGGAGAAUGGGUGGCUAGGCACCUGCAACAGUUGGAACCGUGGAACGAUGGAGUGUAUGUGGUAUUGUCCAACAUUUAUGCCAGUAAUGACAUGUGGGAAGAGGUAAGGAGGAUUAGAGCAAUCAUGAAGGAGCGAAAACUUGCCAAGAUUCCUGCUUAUAGUUUGUCAACAAGUUCAUAUUGAGAGCUGAAGGUGGACCUGCGAAGGAUAAAUGAUCAGAAACAUUGCUCUCUCUAAUAGAAGUGAGUGCACAAGAUGGUUGUCAUAUGCUGCACCUCACAAAAGUGGUUCAUAUAGGAGCAAUAUUGUAGCAUGGAGGGGGAGAAUUAUAAUCUUCACUGGUUUCUGUCGCCCUACCCAAUUUGUAGUCAAGGUUUUUCUAGAUUCAGGAGCUAAAGCUGUUGCAUGUCCUUCCAUUGAGCCCGAUGAAGUGCGGUUGUUUACAUGUCAGGGGUCAGGUGAUUUUAAUUCUUUCAAUAAUGGGAAGUUUGAAAUUGGUGAAGAAGAAGCAGAGGAUGACGACUCGGAACCUUCUAGAGUCCAGCAAGUGCUUGGGAAGAUAGUGAACCAGAGAAAAGUGAAGGACACUCAGAGUUCUUUUGAGAUGAAUAUGAUGAUCAGGGGGAGUUAUCCCAGUUCAUAUGUCAGUAUUAUGAGUCUCUUUAUCAGGGUGGUUCAAGAAUAGAUGAUGCAUUACAACAUGCUUGUGCCUCACACCAGAGCCUAAGAUAUUCA